UUUUGAUUCGAGUCCCAAUCCCCGAAUUACCAAAGAAGUGUUGCGAACCCCCAGCCAUCGAGUCCCUUCCGUCUCCGGCGAGCCAUGGAGAGCUCGGAGCCGGCGCCACCGGUUGUGCUUCUGGAUCGUGCGUCACGCGCCACCAGAGGCAAGAGGAUGACGAAGCUUCUCGACGACGAGAUUCAGCAGGACGAUCUCUUCUGGAACCAGGACGCCCUCAAAGACGAAGAGGAAGACGACAACUACGUCGAGGAAGCUGAGGUUGCCGACGAAUUCGAUAGCGACUUCAAUGACGAGGAAUCUGAACCUGAUGAUCAGCCUGAUAAUGAUAUUGCUGAUGAAAGGGUACAUAAAAAGAAGCGGCUAAUAUUUCCGGGGAAGAAAUUGCCAAAGCCGAAGAAGAGUAAAAAGAAGCAGAAGGUUUUGUCUAAGUUGGAACGUUCUCCCAAUGAUGAUGAUGAUGACGACGUUGAGGACAAUGACGAUGAUGAUGAUGAUAAACCAGACAAGGAGCCAGUUCCUGAGGAACACCAUGAUACACGCGAUGAUGGAGGGGAAAAGAUAAUCAGGAAGUCCACUAGAACUGCCGUGAUUGUUCGGCAGGCAGAGAGAGAUGCCAUACGUGCUCUGCAAGCAUCCAUGAAGCCACAGACAGUCAAAAAAAAGAAGGAAGGUGAGGAGAAGAGAAUGACACAAGAGGAAAUGCUUUUAGAAGCUGCUCAAACAGAAAUUAUGAACCUGAGAAAUUUGGAGCGUGUUUUAGCUAGGGAGGAAGAAGUUAAGAGAAAAGCAAUUGUGCAUAAAACUGUCUAUAAUGGACCACAGAUACGAUACAUUUCAAAGGAUGGUUAUACAUAUUUAGAGUUCAUUAAGGGAUCCUCAUUUCACUCUGAUAUUGCCACGACACCUGUACAAUAUCCAGAGCAACCUCUUUGUGCAAUUACUGGUUUGCCUGCCAAGUACCGUGAUCCAAAGACAGGGCUGCCAUAUGCCACUAAAGAAGCUUUUAAAGAAAUCCGACAACGGUUUGCGGAGGAAAAUGCUAACAAUAGAAAGCAAAUGGCCAUGGGGAUCUUGUAUGAUUCAGUUUCUGGUUGUGGUUUUUCACUUAAGCAGAAGAGAUCAAUGGUGCCAGACAAAAGUGUACAUACAAAUUUUAGGCCAUAUGCCCGCUUCCGAAGAAUGCCUGCUUCAGAAGACGAAGAUUCUGACUAGCUUCUUUGUUCUACUUCAUGUAUCUGGCUGGACCUUGGAUUGGCUCAAUUAUAGUACCCCAGGAUUUAAGGUCUGGCUCCGUUUGCAAAGAACAAUUUACCUUUGGACACUCUUCUCUCCAUAGCAUACUCCUAUCUGAUAAGAUAUAUGAUAGAUAAGAAAUUCCUUUCACACUUUAUCAUAUACAUCUUUGGGAUAAGCAUUGAGUGUCGCGGUGAUAGGUUUUCAUGGCUUUAUGAAAUAGAGAAAAAAAAAAAAAAAAGAGAAAAGGGCACGCCACCCUUACAAUAUAAUCAUCUAUGUAACAUAGAAUGGCCAUCCUCAAAACAGGAACAAGGGGUGAAGAUUGAGACAUCCAUUCAUUAAGAAUAAGAAAUUAUUGAUAAGUCUUGGACGAAAAGCUGUACAGCCAGAGAGGCAACAACAUGAGUAAAAGAAUCAGCUAGUUUGUAUGGAUAGAAAAAUAUUAUUAUGACCACGUGACACAUGCGAGUGAGUUGUAAAUAGAUUGAAUUCCAUAUAUUAUAGACGUUAUAGUUAUACUUAUUUAACUAUUUGUUAAUUAAAAGUUUAAUUUUAAA